GGAUGGAUCGCCCUCCGAAGUGUCUCAACUCGCAGCGCCUUUUCCCUCGCUCCCCGUGCACCGCCCCGUGACACAACUGCACUGGUGGUGGAGUAGAUAGGGGCGGGAGGAGGAGGAGCUGACAGGAGGAGAGCGAGAGACAGACCGAUCGAUCGCCCACCGGCCCCGCCCGCCGCGCGCAUCCGUCCGUCCGCCGCUGCCCGGCCCGGCCAUGGCGAUGGCGCCGAGGAGGCGGACGCUGCUCAAGGUCAUCGUCCUCGGCGACAGCGGGGUCGGCAAGACGUCGCUGAUGAACCAGUAUGUGAACAAGAAGUUCAGCCAGCAGUACAAGGCGACCAUCGGCGCCGACUUCCUCACCAAGGAGGUCCUCAUCGAGGACAGGCUCGUCACCUUGCAGAUUUGGGAUACGGCAGGGCAGGAGAGGUUCCAGAGCCUCGGCGUGGCCUUCUACAGGGGAGCCGACUGCUGCGUGCUAGUCUACGACGUCAAUGCCAAAAGAACAUUCAACACGCUUGGCACCUGGCAUGACGAGUUCAUCAACCAGGCCGGCCCAUCAGACCCCAAGCAAUUCCCCUUCAUUUUGGUCGGGAACAAGGUCGAUCUGGACGCUGGAAGCAGACGAGUGGUUCCUGAGAAGAAAGCAAAAGACUGGUGCGUCUCCAAGGGCGACAUUCCGUACUUCGAAACCUCGGCCAAGGACGACUACAAUGUCGACCCCGCUUUCCUGUGCAUCGCCAAGCUCGCCUUGGAGCAUGAGCACGAUCAAGACAUCUACUUCAAUUCAGUUGCAGAACAAGGCCCUAAAACCGAAGGACAGACGAGCGGAUGCGCGUGCUAGGCUAGCAUCUUGGCAUUACUGUCCAGUAUAAGGCUACAAUUCUGCUGCAUUUAUCGCACUGUAUCCAUUCUUGAAUGUAAUGUAUGUACCAUACGAUAGUUAGUGACUGAUCAACAGUUGCAAGCUGUGCUCCCUUAGCUGGGCAAUAAAAUGUAAACAGUUCCAACCAAGGAAUUAUUGUCGACCUAAUUCUUCGUCGGUUGUAACAUGUUGCACUUCAACUGCU